AUGGCAGAUCCUGCUAGUUAUGUCUAUCACGAGCGUGACAUCGACCAAGCACUUAUCAUUUUGAAAAAGGGAACUCAAUUAGUCAAGUACAGUCGAAAAGGGAAACCUAAGUUUCGCGCAUUCAGGCUUUCUCCGGAUGAAAAAACGUUGAUUUGGUUUUCGCAUGGAGAAGAAAAAGGUUUGAAGUUAUCUGAAGUUGCUCGAAUUGUCCCAGGACAAAGAACUCCUGUUUUCAAGAGAUUUUUACGUCCAGAGAAGGAUCACUUAUCAUUUUCACUUUUAUAUAAUAACAAAGAAAGGUCGCUUGAUUUGAUUUGUAAAGACAAAGCUGAGACAGAGGUUUGGUUUGCUGCCCUUAAGUAUUUAACUGAAAGAAGUCGUAAUAGACGUGCAAGAAGUGAGAUCCCUGAGAUACAUGACAGUGACUACUUAUCCACUGGUCGUCAAUCAAUAGACAUUGUCUCAAACAAUAUUCCACGUGGUAGAACAUCAAUCGAUCUAGGAUAUGAACGUGGAAACAUGUUAAGACCAAGUACGGAUGGUUUUCGGAUUAGUGUCUCAAGCACACCAAGUUGUUCUAGUGGAGGAUCUGGUCCAGAUGAUAUAGAAUCAUUAGGUGAUGUUUACGUUUGGGGUGAAGUUUGGAGCGAAGGGAUACUACCAGAUGGAACCGUUAGCAAAGAAACGGUGAAAACAGAUGUGUUGACUCCAAGACCCUUGGAAUCAAACGUUGUUCUUGAUGUUCACCAGAUUGUUUGUGGUGUAAGGCAUGUUGCGCUUGUGACAAGACAAGGAGAAGUGUUUACUUGGGGAGAAGAAGCUGGAGGUAGGCUUGGACAUGGUAUUCAAGUCGAUAUUAGUCGUCCUAAACUCGUUGAGUUUCUUGCUUUAACCAACAUAGACUUUGUUGCUUGUGGAGAGUAUCACACAUGUGUUGUAUCCACCUCUGGAGACUUGUUUUCAUGGGGAGAUGGAAUCCACAAUGUUGGGCUAUUAGGUCAUGGUAGUGAUAUUAGCCAUUGGAUACCAAAAAGAGUCUCUGGUCCAUUAGAAGGUCUUCAAGUACUCUCUGUUGCAUGUGGCACGUGGCAUUCAGCUUUAGCCACUGCAAAUGGGAAGCUAUUCACUUUUGGUGAUGGUGCGUUUGGUGUUUUGGGACAUGGAAACAGAGAAAGCGUUUCAAACCCUAAGGAGGUACAAUCUUUGAACGGUUUGAAAACUGUGAAAGUUGCUUGUAGCGUUUGGCAUACCGCGGCUAUUGUGGAGGUUAUGAGUCAGACAGGUACGAGUAUGUCAUCUAGGAAGUUGUUUACUUGGGGUGAUGGUGAUAAAAACAGAUUAGGGCAUGGGAACAAAGAGACUUACUUGCUACCCACGUGUGUCUCUUCACUUAUUGAUUACAACUUUCAUCAAAUUGCUUGUGGACAUACAUUUACCGUCGCACUCACAACCUCAGGACAUGUUUUCACUAUGGGAGGGAGUUCACAUGGUCAACUCGGUAACUCAAUGUCUGAUGGUAAGGUACCUUGCUUGGUGCAAGACAGAUUAGUUGGAGAGUUUGUGGAAGAAAUCGCUUGUGGAGAUCAUCAUGUAGCAGUUUUGACAUCUAGAAGUGAAGUUUUUACAUGGGGGAAAGGUGCUAAUGGAAGAUUAGGACAUGGUGAUACAGAAGAUAGAAAAACACCAACAUUAGUUGAAGCCUUGAAAGACAGGCAUGUGAAGAGCUUAUCUUGCGGCUCAAACUUCACAUCUAGUAUAUGUAUACAUAAGUGGGUAUCCGGAGCAGAUCAGUCAAUCUGCUCCGGAUGCCGCCAAGCAUUUGGAUUUACACGUAAGAGACAUAACUGUUACAAUUGUGGCUUAGUCCAUUGUCAUGCUUGUAGUUCAAAGAAGGCUUUGAAAGCAGCAUUAGCUCCAACUCCAGGGAAACCACAUCGAGUAUGUGAUGCUUGUUACAACAAACUUAAAGCAGCCGAAAGUGGUUAUAUCACUAACGCAGGCAGGAACAAUGUUGUAACCCCUGGACGGUCGUCAAUAGAUGGUUCGGUAAGAAUAGAUAGAGAAACAACAAGGUCAUCUAAAAUUCUCUUGUCUGGAAAUACAAAAUCAGUCAAGACAUCAAGGCCUGGAAUUAGACCUAAUUUGCGUGACUCUCAAGUUCCAUCUCUCCAACAACUUAAGGACAUUGCAUUCCCUAGUAUACUAAAACCUAUUGCUUCUGCUGCUGUUCCACAGCGUCUACUAGUGGGACCAACGUCAUCGCCUCCGUCCACAAGAUCCUCAUCACCAUUACCUGGAAGAUCUUCAUCUCCUUUACCUGGAAGAUCUUCAUCACCAUAUGCAAGAAGAACUAGCCCUCCACGCACUUCUGGAUUUUCAAGGAGCGUUAUUGAUAGUUUGAAGAAGACUAAUGAAGUCAUGAACCAAGAAAUGACCAAGUUGCAGAGUCAGGUUAAAAAUUUGAAAGAGAAAUGCAAUAAUCAAAGAACAGAAGUCCAUAAAUUUCAAGAAGCAGCGAAAGAAGCUUUUGAAUUAGCUGCUAAGCAAUCUUCUAAGCAUAAAGCAGCUACAGAAGCCCUAAAAGCUGUUGCAGAACAGUUAAAAGGAUUGAAGGAUAAACUACCACCUGAAGUAUCAGAGAGUGAAGCUUUCGAGUCCAUUAACUCUCAAGCUGAAGCUUAUUUAAAUACAAACGUAGUAUCAGAAACAUCUAUACUUACAACUCCGAGACUUGAUCAACAAGAAACAUCUCCUUCUGGAGACAAACAAGAUCAAAAGAUUGAUGAACAAGUACCAUCGAAUUCAAGUAUAUCCGAGACAUCGAAUUCAACAAAGCCAGUACCAACAGAACCUUCAUCAUCAUCAUCAUCAUCAAGAACAGGUGGGAAGGAAAGUAAAGAACAGUUUGAACCUGGCGUUUAUGUGACUUUUGUAGUAGACAUGAAUGGAAACAAGAUCUUCCGGCGUGUUAGAUUCAGUAAAAAGAGAUUUGAUGAGCACCAAGCAGAAGAGUGGUGGACUAAAAACAAAGAAAGGUUGCUUAAGUGGUAUAGUCCAAAUUCAUCAUCAUCAUCAUCAUCAUCAUCAUCACCAAAACCAACGGCUUCUGAUUCACCUAUUGCUCCUCCACCACCAUCGGAACCACCUUCGGAUCCGUCAGUCCCUGAGAAGAGCAAUGAGGAAGAACCAGAAGUCCCUGAAAAGAGCAAUGAGGAAGAACCAGAAAUCCCUGAGAAGAACGAUGAGGAAGAACCAGAAGUCCCUGAGAAGAGUAAUGAGGAAGAACCAGAUUCUGAAAAUUAA